CAUCCAGAAAGGCUCAGUCUGUGGGGAGGUUGAGGGGGCGUUCAAGACUGCAAAUCACAGACUAGUGACUGCACGGCUGUUUUGUUGCAAAGGGCGUGGGCAUUGUUUUGCUUUUUUGAAUGACAUAGCUACAUGGAUGUAUUCUUCAUCUCGCGGCUGCGUGUGAGCAUCGAUAUCUGCAGGAAAACGACUUACGGAUGAAGAAAUCGGCUUUUUAUUCAACCCCGACUGAACGUUUGACACUCGAACGCAGCCCUUGCGAUAGAUUGGAUAGGCCUACUGCCGACAAAAUGCCAUAAGAUCAAUAAAUACAUAGACGCGUUUCUAUUUUUCUUUUUCUUUAUAGCCUCAACUAGGCUGCUGACUUUUGCUUCCAUGAGCUUCUUCAGGCUUUUAUGAGCAGGGGAUCAUUCAGGAGAACAGUGAGAUAAUAAUCACAUCCAGUCAGAUAUGGCAGUGAGCACAUCUGAGCCGCUCUGUCAGCCGUGCAUCUACCACGAAGCCUUCAAAGUGGAGCUACAGGUGAGGAGACCUCUGAUGCCAGUCCAGCUGAGUCCAGAGCAGGUGGGCCUGGAGAUGUUGUGUCUUUGUGGGCAACUGGACCUCCUCAUCAGGGCACAGAUGCAGCAGUUCCAGGAGCAGUUAGGUCAAGGCUGUAGCCCAGAGGAGUCAGACACCUUCCAGGCUCAAGGAUCAGAGAUUCUUGAUCAGAUGCUGCAGUGCCUUGAACAUCUACCAAAACCUAUGCCACAGCUGGAGGACUACCUGGACAUGGUGGGUUUGUCAAUAAUGUUUCCUCGUGUAGAAGUGUUCCUCAUUCAAGGCAGCCCAGUGGACAUGCUGGAGACGCCGCCAAUGGACGAAUACUACUUCCACAUCGCCAGACUGAACCAGCUCAUGGUGCUGAGUCAACAGCUAGAAGAAGAUAUCAGGCACCUUGGAAGUCAUAAAUACAUUGCCCACCAGCUCUCGGUUAUUUACCAAGUCAUCAGCUCUUUCAGAGGAAUUCAGGCUUUCUCCGAAAUGAAGAAAGACAUCGAGGCCAACUUCAAACAGAUGAAACAGUCUCUGGUGGUAGAGGAAGGCUCCAGGCAUGAACCUCAGCUGGCUGCUCACUACAUCAACUGGAUAUUAGAACUAACUCAAAGCUUAACAUCGGUGGUGUUGACGCUACCGGAGGAGCUGACAGAAGACCUUCACCAGGCCGUGACCUUCAUGUCACAGUUCCUGUCCUGACUGACCCCCGACCAACGCCUCUGUAUCUGUUGAAUCCUGACGUUCUGCUGGUCUGUCCAGGAGCUUCUAAAUGAACUGAUGUUGUUAUGACUGUGAAAAGGUGCUACACAAUUUGAUUCAGCUGAUCGAUGGUGGGAUUGGAUAGCCCUACUUACAAAUCAUGUAGGUUUUUAUAUUGUCCUCCUGAAUGUGGCCCAUAUGGUGAGUCAGUUGUUUGGAAAUGAAUGUAAUGUAUGAAUCCCUCCUUGCACUACUGUUAUAACUACUGUUAUACUUACUUUUUUUUCCUUCUUUUUUUACCUGAAGUGGAAUAAUAAAAUUGAAUGCAAUAGGGAAA